CCUCAAAGCGGAAGUGGGGCGGGACGGGGGUUUGUAUAUAGGCCCCUCCUGGUCCGUGGUAAUGGAUACGUCAGUUCCGGUCCGGACCUGGAGGCUGACUCGCUGACGUGGCUCCCGGAAGUGGGGCUGGCGCAGAGUCGUUAUGUUGCAGCAGGACAGUAAUGAUGACACUGAAGAUGUUUCACUGUUUGAUGCAGAAGAGGAGACAACUAACAGACCAAAAAAAUCCAAAAUCAGACACCCAGUGGCAUCCUUUUUCCAUUUAUUCUUCCGAGUCAGUGCAAUUAUCGUCUAUCUUCUCUGUGAAUUGCUCAGCAGCAGCUUUAUUGCUUGUAUGGUGACAAUUAUCUUGUUGUUGUCAUGUGACUUUUGGGCAGUGAAGAAUGUCACAGGUAGACUGAUGGUUGGCCUACGUUGGUGGAAUCAUAUUGAUGAAGAUGGAAAGAGCCAUUGGGUGUUUGAGUCCAGGAAGGCAUCCCCUCAAGAGAAUAAAACUGUUUCAGAGGCCGAAUCAAGAAUCUUUUGGUUAGGACUUAUCGCCUGUCCAGUGCUGUGGGUGAUAUUUGCCUUUAGUGCCCUCUUCUCCUUCCGAGUAAAGUGGCUGGCGGUGGUUAUCAUGGGCGUGGUGCUCCAAGGUGCCAAUCUAUAUGGUUACAUCAGGUGUAAAGUGGGCAACAGGAAGAACUUCACCAGCAUGGCCACCUCGUAUCUGGGAAAGCAGUUUUUAAGACAAAACACUGGAGAUGAUCAGACUUCCUGAAUAAAGAGAGAAAGCUUAUAAAUUUUGUUACACUGGAGAACAACCGAAGAGAUUCUUGACUUUGAACCUUUUAGAGUUCAGUCUGUGUUGCAUUGAGGAGUGUUGGGUUUGCUUUUCCACUUAACAGUUUUAUUUUAAAAAAAGGAAAAGUAAUUUUCAUAUUAAGAUUUUUCUUUCCAGUAGUUGGAGCUAGAAUGUAUGUUGUCACUAGAAACAUGGUUAAAAUUUGUUUUAUGGUGUACAUAUGUGCAUAGUUAUGUAGGAUCAGUAUAUCCCAAAUUAAUAAAAGUGUUUGUGUUCGUUUAUAUAUGUAACAGAGACCUUAGCAUUUUGAUCCAUGGAACAUAAGAGGAUGUUCUUAGUUUAUCUCCAAGCUCUAUGUGUUUACAUAUUAUUUGUGUAGAUUAUUUUCAGAAGUAAGCUUUGCUUCCAUGAUAAGAGUGAGCACUUUGGCUUAUAUUGUUAAAAUAUGUACUUCAUGGUGAAAUUUCUUAGAUAUACACAAGCAAGUAAAAACCAAAUUCGGGCUAGUGGUGUUACCUAGUUUCUAAAAUUUUGUUUCUUUUUAUUUGUAACAAGUCAUUUACUUAAGGCCCAAUUAACGUAAAUGGAAUCUUCACAGUUUAUGUUUAAGGGAUACCCAGAGGCUGCUGUUCUAUUUAUUUUAAGGCAAGGAUAGCCAGAUUCUACUCUGGAGUUUCCUGGAAGCUCUUCAGUACUCCUUGGGCUAAUAAGAUCUCUCUUUUAUCAGUAAAAGAGCAUUAUUCUUAUGUCAU